AUGGGUGAGACAACAAAAGGAGAUGCUACAAAACCAUCACCGAAUCAAAUCUCCUCACCUAAAGAUUCUUCACUUGAUAACCAAACACCAAACCCAUCACUCCUCCACCACCAUUACCACCACCAAUCUCCGAUCUUCAUCCCCACCGUCUCCUCUCCCGGAGCUCCGGUCAUCUCAAAACGACCACGCUUCGCCACUUCCGGUGCUCUCUCUCCACCUCAAUGGAAAGCCUUACCGUCUCCUUCCACCGUACAAACCACCGCCACAUCACUCUCUCCUUCCACCGCCAUUGUAACAGCUUCAUCCACCGAAACCGCCGGAUCUUCCCCGCCGGGUCAAGAAGCUACCAACACCGAGAAACAACAACCACAAGAAACGGAGUCGUUUCAGCAUAAAUUCAGAAAAGGUAAAUACGUGAGCCCCGUGUGGAAACCAAACGAGAUGCUUUGGCUAGCAAGAGCCUGGAGGGUCCAGUACCAAAACCAAGGAACCGGGUCUGGAUCCGGAUCCGGGUCGGGCGAGGGAAGAGGGAAGACCCGAGCGGAAAAAGACAGGGAAGUAGCCGAGUUUCUAAACCGGCACGGUAUAAACCGGGAUUCGAAGAUCGCCGGUACGAAAUGGGACAACAUGCUUGGCGAGUUUAGGAAAGUGUUCGAGUGGGAGAAAGGUGGAGAUAAAGACAAAUUCGGUAAGAGUUACUUUAGGCUCUCUCCUUACGAGAGGAAACAACAUCGACUUCCCGCGUCUUUUGAUGAAGAAGUGUAUCAAGAAUUGGCUCUUUUCAUGGGUCCACGUGUCAGAGCUCCGACUUUAAGCCGCCGUGGUAGCGGCGGAGCUACGACGGAUGUUACCUUAACGCCUCCGUCUGUUGAGGAGCUUCCUCCUCAUCUUCUUCAUCCACCGUUGAUGACUUCAAGAAACAACGAGGAUAUUGAUAAUUAUCCUAUACCUUCCAUAGGAAGAGGGAAGAGCUUAGCAUUAACAAUAGUUGGAGAUGAUCAUCAUUCACAAUAUCCGUAUUCACACAACAUUGCUAGAGGAUCAGGUUUAUUCUCUAAUAAAUCACUAUACUACAAUCCUUCUUCCGAGACGAUCCCAUCUUCUUCCUCUUCGUCUUCUUCGCUAAAAGAUCUUCGCCGUGUUGGGAAAAUCCGGUUAACUUGGGAGGAAUCGGUUAACUUGUGGGCUGAGGAAGGAGAGGUUGAUUAUGGGAGAAUUAGGGUUAGUGGGUCGAGCUUCUUGAACGCAGAUGAGCUCACCUACUUGGAUGAUUCCAUGGUGGCUUGUACAAUGGAAUCUUUUGAAGAGGGACCUCUCAAGGGAUUUUCUUUGGAUAAAUUCAUUUCUGGUCAACAUCUUAAAGUCUUUGGAAGACAAAAGUCAACUUCAUCAUCUGCUCCUUCACCUUCCGUUAAUAUGGCAGGUUUGUUUGAUCGAGCUCAGCUUCCACUCUCAGAACCCAUUUAUAAAUCAAUAUCAACAUUGGAGUUCCAAGACCCAUCGGAGCAUUACUUGAGUAAAUUGCGUGUGCCGGCUUUAAAUCUUCCGAGCUUAUUUGAGCUCGCACAUUAUCUUCAACAACCACCGCCGGGAACUCUCCGGUUUCCCCUCAGGCGAGAUGUCUACAAAGACUUGCCACCCGGGAAAGAGCUCUUCUUCUCCACUUCCUCCACGGAGCUACUAGAUUGUAGAGCAAUCACAUAUGAUAUCAUCAGCCCCAUAAUGUUCCGCUUAAACCCUAAAAACCGUUUCGUCAUCUCGAGCAAAGACUCGCUGAUCCCGCUGUGGGAUGACUGCAUUAACCGGAUGGUUUCAAAGUUUUGUGAAAUGGUGGUUUUGCGUAAACCGGAUUCAUCUUCUUGCGUUGAAAACGUUCAAGACCAAUGGCCAAACGUGAUGGGAUACGUAAAAGGAUUUGGAAUAUGGAGAGGAGAAGAGACUUAUAAGGUACGAGAAUGUGCAGCUGAUCCUUCUUCUCUAUUGGUCGAGAAGAUUCUUUGGUCGCACAACGAUAUUCCAUACAUUCUUGGAUACCACGCAAUAGGGCUCACCGUAACAUUCUGCGCUUUGAGCCGUUCUUCGCAAGAUAGAGUCAUCUGCACCGAUCUUUAUUCGUUCGACAUCUCAUCACCGUCCGAUCGAAUCAAGGCCUUGGUUCCUUGUUACCGUCUCGCUUCUCUUUUACCUUUGCUUGCAGAUCGGUGCACUACGAUGCAUUUAUGUUACAACGACUUCGAGAGAAUCGAUCAUGGAGAUUACGUGACUGAGAUAACGCCUCACACGGUGACUAAGUACUACUCAAGCAAGAGAAAAUGGAGUGGAGUGAAAGGAAUCUACGAUUUUCUCGACCAAAGAGUUCCACACGCGGAGCAUUUGCAUAGGUCAAGCGAGAAGGAUCUCUCGUUGAGUUUUAAGCCACGUGGGAUAAGAGUCAAACCUCGUAACGUUGACCAGCUCAUCGAGUCGCUGAUGUGUGUGGCGAGAGCGCUCGUUGCGCUUCACGACCUUUCCUUCAUGCAUCGUGACAUGGGAUGGGAUAAUGUAAUGAGAAGUGAAACAUCGGACGUGGAAUGGAUUGUUUGUGGGUUUGAGGAAGCGGCUGAGUCGCCGCAGCUUAACCCGCACCGCCGUGAAGCCAAGGAGAAGGAGGAGGAGGAGGAGGAGCGUGGGAGAUACGCACCGGAGAUGGAGAGAGGAUUGCAUGCGGUGAAAGUGGAUGUGUGGGGAGUGGGUUAUAUGAUAAAGACUUGUGGGUUAAGUAAUGUGCCAAAGAUGCUGAGAGAGCUUCAAGGGAAGUGUUUGGAGCCAAACCAAGAGAACCGACCGACCGCAGCCGAUUGUUUCCACCACCUUCUCCAGGUUCAGUCUGCCGGUUCAUCGUCGUAUUAG